GCUAAUUAUAUUGCUAAUGCUACUACAACACGUUUUCGCGAUAUGAACGUUCACGCCGUUCACUCUGCAGCGCUUCAUAUAAUAUGUGGGCUAUAAUUGUCGCAUCCACGAUGUUUAUCAAAACCACUACUAUCUAAACUAAACGCAGUUGAAUGAUGUGAACAGACUAACGUCAAUAACGUCAUCCACAUUUUCCACAACACGACCUAAUUUUCUGUCUUGUUAUCAAAAUAUUAAAACUAAUGCUUAAAGCGUGUCUAAAUCAUUGAUUUUUCAUUAAUGUUAGCUUUAUACUUACCAUCAACAAUGUUAUUAUUUUUAACGAGUGUCUAAAAUGUCUGAUACGAAGUCUGAUAACAUAAGUAUAGAGUUCGAUCCGAUUUUGCCUGAUACUGGUGUCUUGUUUUACGAGGAAUGUCCCGCGGAGUAUGAGAUUGAGAAGCCGAUAUUGUUGCCGUUAAAAUCAUCGACUCAAGUACGUUUCGAACAGCUUCAGCACGAAGCGGCGCGAGUGUGGAGAGACAAACAAAGAACAGCGGUGACGGCGAAGAAAAACUAAAGAUUUCUUGUUCAAAUUAGCCUGUCAAUAUGGCUUACACACUGUUUGUGAUAGAGAUUAUAUCAGCGUUUAUAUUGGCAGCUACAUUGUUGUACAGAUAUGGAGAUGUGUACAGAAAUCACAUAAUAGUGACAGUAGCUGUAGUUACAGCAUGGUACUUCUCGUUUGUUAUUAUGUUUAUAUUGCCAUUGGAUGUGUCUUCGACGGUAUAUCGACAAUGCAUGCAAAACAGCAACUCAACUACAGUGGCCCCGAGUGUGUCUCCUCUACACAAUGAGUCCACCACCACCAUCCCCCCAGUCACAAAAUGUCAGAAACCAUGGAGCUUUGUGGAUGACAGUGUGUUCCCUAAUCUCUGGAGGGUUGUCUAUUGGACUUCACAAUGUCUUACCUGGUUGAUAAUGCCAAUGAUGCAGUCAUACAGCAAAGCGGGCGACUUCACAGUUAAGGGCAAGCUGAAGUCGGCGCUCGUUGACAAUGCCAUUUACUACGGCUCGUAUCUCUUCAUCUGCGGCAUUCUGCUCAUUUACAUUGCACUGAAGGGUGUGUCUUUGGACUGGGCCAAGAUCAAGGCUAUCGCGUCCUCAGCUAGUAAUACAUGGGGUCUGUUUCUCCUGAUUCUUCUUUUGGGCUACGCCCUGGUGGAGGUACCAAGAAAUCUGUGGAACAACUCUAAGAAGAAUUAUACUCUGACAUACACUUACUUCAAGAUAGCCAAACUGAGUACUGACAAAUGUGAAGCAGAGGAAAAUAUGGACGACAUAUUGGAUAGUCUGUCGGCGAUCACCGCGGCCGUGGGCCCCGGGCACCCGCUGCACCGGCACGUGGAGACCACGGUGCAGAAGCUGCCCGUGCAGCUGCGGGACCGCCUCAACAGCCGCCCGGCGCCCGAGCGGCCCGCGGCGCCGUCGCUCAAGUCGCUCGUCAACUUACAUAAGAAGAUGAUCAAGGCCCUCCACGUCCUCCAACGCACCGAGACCCAGUGGGGCAUAACGUUGGAGCGAGUGUUCCACCUAGAGGACGUGGCUACCAACCUGCGCUCUCCGGACCGGCGCUUCACCCACACGUUCCACACUGCACGGCCGCGCGCCCUGCGGCUGCUGUACCCGCCCACUACAGAAUGGUACUGGGAGUGCAUCCUAAAGCAGUACUUCCUGAAGACGAUGGCUGUGAUCACCGGCAUCAUGUCGCUGGCGCUCGUGUGGUCCGAGAUGACGUUCUUCAGCAAGCAGCCCGUGCUGUCCAUCUUCGCAAACAUCCUCAACGCUGCUAAAUACACUUACAACUAUGCGGCUAUUGUCUGGGUGUCGACUCUCGUGAUCGCGUACAUGUUCUACUGCGCGUACUCGACGGUACUGAAGAUCAGAUUGCUGAAUCUGUGGUAUCUGGCGCCGCACCACCAGACCAACGAGUACAGCCUCAUCUUCUCCGGCAUGAUGGUGUGCCGCCUCACGCCCGCCAUGUGCCUCAACUUCCUCAGCCUUGUACAUAUGGACUCGCAUGUUAUUAAGGAGUAUGUGAUGGAGACUUAUUAUACUCAGAUAAUGGGCCACAUGGACGUCCUGGGCAUCAUCGCCGAAGGCUUCAACAUCUACUUCCCGAUGCUCGUGGUACUGCUGUGCGCGGCUACGUACCUCUCGCUCGGCAGUCGCCUCCUCUCGCUCUGCGGCUUCCACCAGUUCGUGGGCGACGACGAGCUGACGACUGAUCUCGUUGAUGAGGGCCGGGAGAUCGUUAAGCGAGAAAAGCGGAAGCGGCAGCGCGCGGAGGAGUCCCUGACGCGGCGCCGCGACUACAGCGAGCGCUACUCCGGCCACCGCGCCCGGCGGGACCACCAGGACGGAGCCCACACCGGGCUCCUUCACGACGUGGACUCAGACCACUACGUCCAACCGAGUCCCGAACGAUCCCAGCCGAUCUCCGCCUACCAGCGCGCGGAGCUGCCUUACAACCGGACUAGCGUAGACGACGACCUCGACCAGCGGUUCGGCGCGAGCACGCUGCCCGCCAUACAGUCGCAGUUCGACGAGCGGCGGCGGGACAAGAUGAGCGCGCCGCCGCGAGGCCUCUUCGAUGAUGUGUGAAGUGCAAUAGACCGGGUUUUUGUAAAGAACUUUUGAGGCCUUGUAAAUUGACAGCGUACAGAAUUAUUGUAGUUUAUUAUAACAGUUGGAAUUGUGGUGUAUACGGAUUAAAGGUAAAUUGAUUGAGAAUAAACUAAAACUACGGUAUCGGGAAAUUCUGUCCUAAUUUACGCCCAUGACAUACUUGGCUAUUAUUGCGCAAAUAUUACGGUCAUUUUCGUUUGAGAUAUUGGAAGGAGAUGCAACACGAAUGUUUGGGCAAAUACAGCCAUGUGUGUUUUUCGACUUUAAAUUCUUUGAAUUCCAUCGUAUGCGCUAGCCUAAAAUAGACUAGGAUUUAGGCCCAAAAUCAAACCCAGUUUAUUCAAUGUUUCUUUAUGAAAACUCGUAGUAAGGUGUACAGUAAAUUAUUCUGCAGUAUAAUAUUGGUUGUUAUAAAUAUUAUAAUUGUGUUAAUAAAUGUGGAUGCUUGAGUCAUAUAAGAGAUUUAUUUUUUGUACAAAAAAAGUAUUUGCUUUUGUCCAUUGUAAUAAUUUUAUUAGUGUUAGUCGUAGUGAACUAUUUAAUAUAUUCCAAUUAUUUUAGGUCAUUGACAUAUAUGUAAGGACGGGCCUUACGGGCAAUAAGAAUGGGGCCAGGCCUGCUCAGCGGUGUCACGCACGCGAAUUCGAGCCAAUCCUGCAGUCUUAACGCCACAACGCGAUUGGUUGAUGAGUUCGCAUCACGCGCGCAAUUAGUUGCGUUACCUAAAGUGCAUGAUUGGCUCGAAUUCGUGAGUGACACCACUGAACUAGCACCAUUCUUAGUGCCCGUAAGGCCCUUACAUAUAUGUCAUUUUAGGUACAUUUGUUGUUGCUCAUUAGAAUUCCUUCGAGUCUCAGGCAUAGACAAAGUAUAAAGUCCCAGACGUUCCAUACAUUUUGUAUGAAAUCGAUUGUGCAUAUAGCGUCUGUGGGACUUAAAGGUAACUUUUCUGCCGACGCGAUAUCGUGUUCGUGGGAUUCGAGGGGUUAGAAAAGUCACACGAAAUAGCAUCCUCCGUAUCUUUUGCGUAGUACUAAUUAUAAUGAGCUGGGUGUCUAUCUUGCGCGGUAACAUCUUUGAGGUCGGCUAUUUCUUAUUGUUCCAUCGCCCGCUCGCCAAUGAUCAGUUAAGAAGUUUAGUGUUACUGUUAGUUCAUCAAAAAAAAAAAAACAUAUUUUAUUUUCAAACAGCCAAACACACGUAAACUAUAAGGUACAAACAAUAAAUUAACUAAGUGUGCUAGCAAAAAGGCUCAAGCUCAGCAUUGUGCUACAGCACGGAGGCUGCAGCGCUAUUUUCAGCUUGCUCCUUAUUGGUGAAACUGGCGGUUUUCAAGAGAUUUGUGACGUAGUUAUUUAUGUAUACAAUUAGUUUCAAUAAUAUCUACAAGACGGUAUAUUGACAACAUUUUGCGCACCAUGCCGGUUAUUAGGAUUACAUUAAUGAAUGUUACGCUUCUAUGCUAUCUGCAACUCACUCCUAACGUGAUCUUAAACAUGAUAAAUAAAACAAAAACUUCAGUUGGUGUUAAAAAUGCUGAUUAAAAGUAAAUAGUUCGAUAAUUAACCUUCGUCUUGAUACUCUUCAUUUGUAAACGUUCUACUGCAUAUAAUUCUUAUCACCUUUUUAUGUUGGUACGUUGCCCCUCUAUAAUGAAUGUUAGAAACUGUAAGCCCGUUACGUAAGUCAAUUAGUAAAACAAGUUGUAUUAUACAAGGUGGCCAAAAAAUAUGUGCAUUCCCGUUGCCAGGGAGGUUUUGGGAUUAUACUGAGCAACUUUUACUAUGUGACCAACCAACCCCAAAAUCGCGAAAAAGAACCCUUUACCCUCCCAUAAAAAAUGGACCAGCUAGAAUGUAUAAAAUGACCAAGAAUUUUUUUUCGCGAUUUCGGGUUUGGUCCCAUAGUAAAAGUUGCUCAGUAUAAGCUCAAAACCUCCCUGGCAACGGGAAUGCACAUAUUUUUUGGCCACCUUGUAUACAUCGUGUCAUUCACGAAGACACAUGCCUUGACUCGUAUUGUCAUAUUAUGAAAGGUUAGAUUUGACAAAUCUGCGCGUCAUCAUGAAUGACACGAACUAUAGGUCUAUUUACCUCAGGCGGUUGGUAAAAAAUGCGCUGUGAUUUUCUAGUAGAAGGUAGGAUUAGACCAAGAUAAGUCUGCAAUGAUUUUGAUAGCUUACGCAGUACAAGUUUUAUUUAUAAGUCAUAAUUUCAUAGAAGUUUGACGUUUAAUAUAACACUUGCAAUGCGUGUGCUAUCAAAAUCUUUGCAGACUUAUCUUGGUCUAACUCUAGCUGAGAUUUAGACCGAAAUCUAUACUGUGUAUCGUUAGGUAUGUAAAGAAAGUAAACAAUUUGUAAAUAUUCCGGUAGUUAUAACAAUUAUUGGUUGACCAACCAAAUACAUAACCGCCUAGAUCUGUGACUGAACGACCUGACUUUCACCUAUAUUACUUGAUCAUGUAAUGUUUUCAUCUCCCCUCAACUGGCUUAAGGAGAAAUUUGUGGGUAGACUUUGAUUAUUUUUAUUUAAAUACCUAAAGAUACAGAGUAUAGAUAUAUUAUAUUUUUACUUAACAUAAUAUAAACCAGCUUCAUGCAGUCAAGCCUUCAACAAUCCGCAGCUUAUCAUAAUUACUUCAUACCAAUCGGCUCAGUUAAACGCUAAGCCUAUAACAAUACGGCCAUACCACGCAUAACAGCAAAUUGGUUUCUUAAUAGCUAUAUAUACGCUGUAGAGCAGAAUAGUGAAAUAGUAUGUAAUGGGAAAGAAAGAUGCCCCUGUCUGUUUAGGACAUCUGUAGUUAUAGUGGAAAUAUUAGAUGUUUAAAUGUCUUAAGGCCGACAGGGAUGCCUUAAAAUGAUAACACAUUUAGUUAUUCAUUUUUGUGUCAUCCUGUUUUUAUACGUUUUAUAACUAGCUGUAUAAUAGAAUGUGUAUUUAUCAUAAGUGGUGAAAAACUAAGGAGAUAAUAGAGAAUUUCCUCAAUGCCUAAAAUUAACGUCAAUUAUUCUGUUUCACGGGCUAUUCUGUUUAGUGUUUUCUUUAUUUAUGAUUUAUUUAUUUGAAAUUUAAAUCAGGCAAUAAACUUAACACAAUUUAGGCGACAAAACGGCGUGGCUCCGUUGAAUUGUCGUGUCUUGUGUCGGAUUUAUUAACCAUGAUAAGAUUUUUGGCACCUCUGCUGAAAAUAAAUACAUUGAAAUACUCGGCCCUCCCUUUAAUUUGCCUCAUUUGGCUCAAAUACGCGAUUCCGGGAUACCAAGUUAGCUAUCGCUACUUAGGGAAUAUCCACCUUAUCCUUCACAUGCGUCUUAGGAGGGCGUCUAACGACAUCUACCGCAACACGGUUGAGAAGAGGUAGUGAUUAUUUUCUUUAUUACAGAAAUUCUAGUUUUGUUGAAAAUCUAACUACAGUAAAAUACAUAUAUUCAUCAGUAGAUCAUUCUCAAAUUAUAUGACUGCGGUCAGAUUCAACUCCGUCAAACUUCAUACAUUUAGUAUGGUUUGACGGAGUUUAGACGCAGGCACAGAUCUGCAGAAUGACCCAGUACGAGUAAUCAUUAACUUUUAUAAAAUAAUACAGUUAUAUGCGUUACUAGCGUUUUACUUUAUAACAAUCUGUUUUAACAAUGAACGAAAAAUAUGAUAUGCAUUCGGUAGGAACAUAAUAUACAGAGCUUCAACAAUUAUGUAGAUAGGUAACAUGUAUUAUAACGAGAUUUUUUUAAAUAGAGUUUUAAAGGUAAAUACCAGUUUGUCUUUUAUUAUUUAAGGUUCAUUUUUGUGUGAUACGUCCUUCACGCUAGCGGUAUUUGUAAAUCUUGUAUUUAAUUUAUUUAUCUUUUAGCGUCAACAGCAAGAUUCUAGAUGAACCAUUUUAUGUACAAAUAAUAGUAGUUCCAGCAACCAAGUAUUCGUACCACGAAAAACUUACGUGGUACGAAUAGGUACUUGGUUGCUGGAACCAAGUGGAACUCGCAAGACAUAAAUAUAUUGACAGAUUAGUAGUAGUAGUUGAGAGAUCUUCUUUUAAAAAACGGCUCCCAUCAAUUUUAUAAUGACUUCGCCAAUUACAAAAGUAAGUGUAUGACGAUAUACGAUGGUUGCUUUUCGUAAUGGUCACCUCACACUAGCGUCUUUUGAGCGUCGGCGUCUAGUUAUUGCUGGACUUGGCAAAUAACCUCGAUGGAUUGCCGGGAGUUGUCUAAAGAAUGGUUAAACGCGUUUCUAGACUAGUUCUUCGUUAGCUGCACACUUCUA